UUUUUGUGUUGGUAAUGGCGCACUGUCUCCAGCGACUAGUUUUGGUCAGCGUGUAUGUAUUAUUGCAUUCAAAUUCAAGUUAUGAGCAAGGUUCGUGGUGUUACUAUUAUUGUGUCGGGUACUACGGAUAUUGCAUUCCUGAAUCUUGGCUUUGUGAUGGAGAAAAUGAUUGUUACGAUAAUUCUGAUGAGGCUGAUAACCUAUGUUUGUGGAGACUGGUCGGUGGUGCCGUAGAGAGGGAAGGAAGGGUCGAACUACAUGGAUCUAUAGUUGGGACUGUAUGUUCUAUUGGAUGGACUGAACAAGAUGCCGAUCUACUUUGUAAAAGUCUGGGUUACGAAGGCGUCAAAGAACAUUUAGUGUACACAUUUGGAGAAGGAACAGGAGACAUUUGGUCAAAUUUUAGCGGGUGCAUCGAAGAUUUUUCUAGCCCUAGUUGCAAUCCUGUCAACACAACAAACGACUCAAUGUGUACUCACUCUGAAGAUGUUGGCAUCGUAUGUUCACCAAUGUCAAUUCGAUUAGUGGGCAAAGAGUCACACGAAGGUCGGGUAGAGAUUUUCUAUUUUGAUCAGUGGUCUACAGUACACGGCUUGAGUCUCCAUGAAGCUCACUUAAUCUGCCAUCAGCUAGGAUAUCCAGCGGCCGAGCUCUCUGACUGUUGCGGAAUUUUUGGAACCUCAUUUGAAAUGCCUUCGUACGAAAUAAAUUGUAUUAGCGAUGAACAAGAAAUCGCUGAAUGCAGCAUUAUUAGGACAUAUUCAGAGGAAAAGCAAUCUGGAGUCACGUGUGCAAGAGGAGUAAGACUAAUUAAUGGAGAAUUUGAUUCAGAAGGACUUCUUGAAAUAUACACAGAAUCUGAAUGGCACAAAGUGUGUACACCGGAUAUCAACAUCGAUGCCGCCAGGGUUAUUUGCAAGCAACUCAAUUUCCAUGACGUUUUUAAUAUUAGGGACGUCUCUAGCAGAAACAGCAAUUCGUCAACUAUCAUCAAUAUUAUUUGUUCUGGAUCGGAAAGCAAAUUUGAAGAGUGCGCAUUUGAAAUCAUGCCAAAUAAAAUGUGCAAAAACAAUGUCUAUCUAUUAUGCGAAACAAGUGGGUCGAGGUUUGUUGAUGGAUAUUCAAGAAUUUCUGGUUUUGCUCAAACAUAUUUUAACAACACAUGGACGUACAUAUGCGACACUACAGAAGAUGUACUUCAGUCUGUCUGCUUGGAACAGCAAUCAACUGGAAUUAGGUUAAUCCGAUUAACGCUCCUAGAUGAUAAAGUACAUGAGUGUAUUAACUGCAAUAUACACAAUGGUUUGCUUCAGUGUCACUACAUUGACCUACCCUAUUAUUAUAAUUACACUGAAUGUUCAACAGAUACCCUAAGGAUUCGUGAAGGAAGUCACCAGGGAUUGGUUGAAAUCUUCAAAAACGAUAGCUGGAUUUCUGUUUGUCAGGAUCAUUGGAACUUGCAAGCCGCUGAAAUUGCUUGUAGAGAACUACAUUUUCUUGGCGUUAGUGAAAGUCCGACGCAGCCUGACCCUUAUGCUACCUGGACUCCUGAUGCCGCUGUGGUUCAAUGUAGUGGAAGCGAAACCAGUCUGUCACACUGCCAAUUUGACCACAGUGUACAGUGUAGCACCCAUGCUGUUCAACUUACAUGUUUGGAUGUUGGAGUACGUUUUGAGGAGUCAGCAGUAGAUUUUGCUGGUCGAGUAGAGAUUUACACAAACAAUGAAUGGGGGACAGUUUGUGAUGACUUUUGGGACAAUGCUGAUGCCAAUGUUGCUUGCAUUAUGGCAGGCUACAUUGGGGCUAUUGCAUCCUAUCGAAAAGCAUCUUUUGGUGAAGGUGUUGGCUCUAUUUUAGCCAACGAUUUUCAUUGCAAUGGCGAAGAAACUAGCUUGUUUGACUGUUCCAAUAGUGUACAUGACUACGGUUAUUGUCAUCACCAUGAAGACGCCGGUGUGGUUUGCUCUACAGAUGUCAUUCGACUUUCCGAUGGUAGCGCAUCGGCAGGUCGUGUGGAAGUAUUUAUAAACGGACUAUGGGGAACAGUUUGUGAUGACAACUGGGACUUAGACGAUGCCUUUGUUGCCUGUCGUCAACUUGGUUUUGAUGAUGCGAGUGCUGUUUACGUCAAUGGCAGAUUCGGAGCUGGUGAGGGACCAAUACACCUGGAUGAGGUUCAGUGUACUGGUGAAGAAACUGAGCUUUCACAGUGUCGAAGUAUAAAAAUUCACGACUGCCAACAUUCUGAAGAUGCAGGCAUAUCAUGCAUUUCUGAUUCCGGUGUUACUCCUGCAUGGCUUAAUUCAUUUAGUAAUGUUCAAACGGAAGGUUGCUAUGACUACUGGUUCCGUAGUGAUCGAUCUUGCCUAACAGUCAUACGGUCAGAUAAUGUUUAUACUAAUUUCACUGAUAUCAGCCCGUGUCCACAUGGAUCAACGUUUCUCACAAUGGACACGUCACUGGAAACACUCACUGAAUAUUUGACGAUACUUUAUUCCUAUGAAGAAGAAGAAGAAGUCUUCAAUGUUUUUCUCUGGAAAGUUGAAUCCCAAUGUACAUACAUGAAUCGCGAUGAUGAGGACAUUUGGGGAGAAUUCAAGGUAGCAUGUAAUAGCUUACAUGUCAACGCAUAUGUAUGUCAGAUGAAUAUUCAAGAACAAUCUCAUUCUUGCUCCAACAACCAGUUUAAAUGUCUAUCUGGAACUUGUAUACUUAAAUCAUUAGUUUGUGAUGGUAACUAUGAUUGUCCAGAUAAAAGUGAUGAAGAAGAACAGUGUAUACAAGAGUGCUUCAAAAUGGAGGAUGGCUCAGAUUACCGAGGAACACAUAAUGCUACUGAAGAUGGGACAAUUUGCCUGCCAUGGACAAGCCCAUUUAAGGGCACCGACAGUAUUUAUCCAGCAGAUUUCAUUGGGAAAGGCAUUGGAGAUCAUAAUUAUUGUCGAAAUCCCGACGGCGAGUCCCGGCCUUGGUGCUAUUCAAGUGAUUUUUACGAAGUCAUAGACUAUAAAAUUCCACGAUGCUGUAAGUUUAUUACUUUGCAUUAAAACAGUCACAGCGUUGGUCAACUACUACAUGAUUGUGGCUACAAACAUAUUGGAUUUUACAUUUCUUUUCCUCCUUAUUUCGAGCUCGCUCUCACAUCUUUGACUA